UUUCUCAAAUAAAUUUAAUGAAGCCCAAACAGCGGCUUAAUAUUAUUAGUACUGUCCAUUCCUCUUAUCAAAACAUGCUAAAGAAGCCUAAACUGGAAAACCAAUGCCAAAGAAACCUUCAUUAGAAAAGGGGCGCGGGCCAGUCAUAUAUACAAUUAUUGGAAGCUUAUGAAACGAAAGUUGAACUGUCCAUCUCCAUAAAGCAAAUCCAUUACCACACAAAAAUGCUUUCCCUCCCACUCUCUCCUUUCAUCUCUCAAGUUUAGUAUCCAUUCCUAGCAAUACCUUCUCCAUUAAGAAAUAUCAAUACAAAACAUACCUUCUCACCAAUUAACACUCAUUUCUAAAAGAAGAAAGCUUACAGAGAAAAAAUGAGUGCCGACUGGGGACCGGUGGUGGUGGCUGUGGUGCUGUUCGUCCUCUUGUCGCCGGGGCUGCUAUGCCAGUUUCCAGCAAGAGCAAGGAUUGUUGAAUUCGGCAACAUGUACACUAGCGGGAUGUCUAUCCUACUUCACGGGGUAUUGUUCUUUUGCAUUUACACCAUCGUUAUCAUAGCUGUUGGCGUUCACAUACGUGCAGCCUAAUACAUUUGUGUGUAAUAACAGAUCCAACUAUGUAUUCUUCUUGUCCGAAACUAGUUUGUUUUCUUCUUCUUUUUGGCUUCUUUUGUAAAACACAUAUCUAAUUAGUUGUGAAGAAUUUACUAUUAAAACUUGAGUCUUCUUAAAAGGUCAAUCUUAUUAAGAAGAGUAGCUCAAAUCUUUAUAAAUUUAUAUAUGUUUUCAUCUUUA